AUGGCCAUGGUGGCCGGCGCUUGGGGCGAACCGAACGGUGGCGGAGGCGGGCCGGAGGAGGCGGCGUCCCCCGGAGGCGGUGGCAGCGACGCGGAGCACGGAGAGGAGGAGCGGCCCGGGGCCGGUGCGGACUGCGUGGUGUGCGGGGACAAAUCCAGCGGGAAACACUACGGGGUGUUCACCUGUGAGGGCUGCAAGAGCUUCUUCAAACGCAGCAUCCGCAGGAACCUCAGCUACACCUGCAGAUCCAACCGGGAUUGCCAGAUCGACCAACACCACCGGAACCAGUGCCAGUACUGCCGCCUCAAAAAGUGCUUCCGAGUGGGAAUGAGGAAGGAAGCCGUUCAGCGGGGCCGCAUCCCCCCCAGCCACUCCAGCAGCAGCCCCAACCCCAUCCCCAACGCCGAAUUCUUCAACGGGCAGCCGGUGUCGGAGCUCAUCUCCCAACUGCUCCGCGCCGAGCCCUACCCGGCGGCGCGCUACGGCUCCCAGUACGCCCAGCACGGCAGCGUCAUGGGCAUCGACAACAUCUGCGAGCUGGCCGCUCGCCUCCUCUUCAGCACCGUGGAGUGGGCCCGGAACAUUCCGUUCUUCCCGGAGCUGCCGGUCUCGGAUCAAGUGGCUUUGCUGCGGUUGAGCUGGAGCGAGCUCUUCGUGCUCAACGCGGCGCAGUCGGCGUUGCCCUUGCACAUGGCGCCGCUCUUGGCCGCCGCCGGUUUUCACGCCUCGCCCAUGUCGGCCGACAGGGUGGUGGCCUUCAUGGAUCAGAUCCGGGUUUUCCAGGAGCAGGUGGACAAGCUCAACCGGCUGCAGGUGGAUUCGGCGGAGUACAGCUGCCUCAAGGCCAUCGCGCUCUUCACGCCUGACGCCUGCGGGCUGUCGGACGCGUCGCACGUGGAGGCGCUGCAGGAGAAGGCGCAGGUGGCUCUGACGGAAUACGAGCGCUCGCAAUUCCCGGCGCAGCCGCAGCGUUUCGGGAGGCUCCUGCUGCGGCUCCCGGCGCUCCGGGCCGUGCCCGCCUCCCUCAUCUCCCAACUUUUCUUCAUGCGCCUGGUUGGGAAAACGCCCAUCGAGACCUUGAUCCGGGACAUGCUCCUGUCCGGCAGCACCUUCAACUGGCCCUACGGGGCUGGGCAGUAG